UCGUCACGUGACCCCGCUGUCGUAACACACUAGCGAAUCUUCUAGAAUACUCGUCACGUGACCCCCACUGUCGUAACAAUAUUUUGAAAUUAACAAAACUACCUACCCGAGGAAUAUUAAUGAUUAAAUGUUUAUAUUAUACGUAUACUCAUAACUCCGUUAAGCCUUCUCACUAAAGGAUUGCUAUUGCGCGAUGAUAACCAAAAGGCUGGGAGUUCACUUUCAUCUCAAUUCUUGAUUUUGUAAUUAUGAACUUCAAUUCAAAAUAACUUCUAAGUUGUGCCCUGACACUAAUCUUUAUUGCACUAUGCUGAUAUUAACAUUAGGCCUAAUGAAAGCAUUUUAUAACACUUAAACUAGCAUAGGAAAACAAUGCUAAACUUGCGUAUAAUAAUGACAAACAGGAUUCAAGGUAUUAGUUUUGUGCCUUGUCAUUCUCCUGUGAAUAGUAAAGAUAUAGAGAAACUGCAAGAAUUUAUUGACAAUAGUACAAGACUACUAGUUUUGACAGGAGCUGGGAUUUCAACAGAAAGUGGAAUACCAGAUUACAGUUCAAAAGGUGUAGGACUGUAUGCAAGAAGUUCAGUUCGACCUGUUCAUUUUAAAGAUUUUAUGUGCAAAGAAACAGUAAGGAAAAGGUACUGGGCUAGAAAUUAUAUUGGCUGGCCACGUUUUUCGUCACUUAAACCUAAUAUUAAUCACAUAUGCUUAUCAAAUUGGGAAAAACAUGGAAAAUUAUUUUCCCUUGUUACCCAAAAUGUGGAUCGUCUGCAUCACAAAAGUGGAACAGAAAAUGUAAUUGAACUCCAUGGGACUACAUACAGAGUAAAGUGCAUGAACUGUGGAUACAAGAUCUCCAGAUUCUUAUUUCAGCAAAUCCUCAAAUAUCUUAAUCCUGAUUUACAGCUGGAAGCAGUUGAAGUCCACCCUGAUGAUGAUGAAUUAGAUAGUGGACUACUACAAGAUUUUCAAGUUGCAGAUUGUGAAAGAUGUGGAGGGAUUUUAAAGCCAGAUGUUGUAUUCUUUGGUGACACUGUACCAAAAGAAAGAGUUGAAGAGGUAUAUCAAAAAGUGACCAAUUCUGAUGCUGUGUUGGCAAUUGGUUCCUCUUUAAAGGUUAUUUCAGGUUAUCGAUUUGUCCUAGCAGCUGUAGAACAGAAUAAGCCUGUGGCAGUCCUGAACAUUGGUCCAACCAGAGCAGAUCACAUCUGCAAUCUUAAGAUUUGUGCUAAAUGCAGUGAUAUUUUACCAAGAAUUUUUUUAAACAAUGGCUAAAAAAAAUAAAGUACUGUAAUGAAAGUGAUUUAUCUGUUAAUCUGAAGUAGUAUAUGGUUUAAUAUUCAUUGUUGUAUAUUUAUACACGUAGAUGAAUGCAUUAAUAUCACUCAAGAUAUUUAUGA